UUAGAAAUAGCAACAUGAAAAUUAUUAUUGUUACAAGAUAGAGCAUCUCCCCUAAUAGAACAACUAUCAUUCUUUCAUGAUCAUACCCUUCUAAUUCUAGUAAUUAUUACAAUUCUAGUAGGACAAAUAAUAUCAGGCCUAUUUUUCAACAAAUUAACCCAUCGAUUUCUUCUCGAAGGACAAUUAAUUGAAAUUAUCUGAACCAUCCUACCUGCCAUCACAUUAAUUUUUAUUGCACUUCCCUCCUUACGACUAAUCUACAUUCUAGACGAAACUAACAACCCCACAAUCUCAAUCAAAACCAUUGGUCAUCAAUGAUACUGAUCAUAUGAAUACUCAGAUUUCAAAAAUGUUGAAUUCGAUUCAUACAUAAUUCCCUCUCAAGAAAUAAAUAACUUCAAUUUUCGACUAUUAGAUGUUGACAAUCGAAUAGUAAUUCCCUUUAUAUCACAAAUUCGAAUAAUCGUUUCGGCAGCGGAUGUAAUUCACUCAUGAACAAUCCCAUCCUUAGGAGUAAAGGUAGAUGCAACCCCUGGACGACUAAACCAAGCUAGAUUUACUUCCACUCGAUCUACUCUUCUCUAUGGACAGUGUUCAGAAAUUUGUGGACCAAACCAUAGUUUUAUACCAAUCGUUGCAGAAAGAAUUUCUCCCGCAUACUUUAUUAAAUGAAUUUCCAAAAUAAUUGAAAUCU